GCAAGUGCCAGAACACAAGAACGCACCAAGUUGGAAAACAAGAAAGACACAGCAGAGUGUGUGUGUGUGUGUGUUUCUUUCCUGCUUUUGCGGCCCCUCUCGCCGUCUUUGGGUAGCGUCACCACUUUUUCUCUGCCAUUUUCUGCCGCAUUUAAUCUCUUUUUUUGAUUCUUCUUCUUCUGUUCCCGGUUUUCCUUCUCUAUUAUUCACUUCCAUUUACGGCUUCUAUUAUUUAUAGCCCCGGACGAUGCCUAUCAGCUUCAUUCACUUCCCUAUAAACAAUACUCAAGCACCCUAAUUUUGUUCUCAAACUAGGUGCCGUACAUCUAUCUCUCUGUCCUGAUUCCUCGGUUCCUUAUUCUUCUUCUGCCUUUAUAAGAAAGUGACAUCUCCAACAAAAGAUGACCGAGACAAUGUUGGCCCAGAAGCAGGCAGAGGAGGCCAUCGUUUCCGGCGAAACAGAGCAUGAAGGAGGGAAGAUGGAAGACGGAGAAGAUCAGCCGGAGCAACAGAGCGCUGGCUUCAGCUUCAAGAACUUGCUCUGGCAUGGUGGUUCUGUAUGGGAUGCUUGGUUCAGCUGUGCUUCGAAUCAAGUAGCUCAAGUGCUCUUGACGCUUCCAUAUUCUUUCUCUCAGCUGGGUAUGCUCUCUGGCAUCUUGCUUCAGAUAUUCUAUGGGAUAAUCGGAAGCUGGACGGCUUAUCUAAUCAGUGUACUCUACAUGGAGUACCGAACCAGAAAGGAAAAGGAAAACGUCAGCUUCAAGAACCAUGUCAUUCAGUGGUUCGAAGUCCUGGAUGGGUUACUAGGGCCAUACUGGAAGGCCGUGGGGCUAGCUUUCAACUGUACUUUCCUCCUUUUUGGAUCUGUGAUACAGCUAAUAGCAUGUGCAAGUAACAUCUACUACAUAAAUGACAACUUGGAUAAAAGGACCUGGACUUAUAUUUUUGGGGCUUGCUGUGCCACCACUGUGUUCGUACCUUCAUUCCAUAACUACCGAAUCUGGUCAUUUCUUGGCCUCGCUAUGACCACUUACACUGCUUGGUAUUUGGCCAUCGCAGCUCUAAUUCACGGCCAGGCAGAUAACGUGAGUCACUCGGGUCCGAACAAGCUAGUACUGUACUUCACCGGAGCGACCAAUAUACUGUACACGUUCGGUGGACACGCCGUCACCGUGGAGAUAAUGCACGCAAUGUGGAAGCCUCAGAAGUUCAAGUUCAUUUAUUUACUGGCCACGCUUUAUGUGUUCACUCUGACGAUUCCGUCGGCCGCCGCAGUUUACUGGGCGUUUGGCGACGAGCUGCUAAACCACUCCAACGCCUUCUCUCUCCUCCCCAAGACCCGGUUCCGUGACGCCGCCGUCAUCCUCAUGCUCAUUCACCAAUUUAUAACGUUUGGGUUUGCAUGUACGCCGUUGUACUUUGUGUGGGAGAAGGUGAUCGGGAUGCAUGACACGAAGAGCAUAUGCUUGAGGGCGGUGGUGAGGUUGCCGGUGGUGAUCCCGAUAUGGUUCUUGGCGAUCAUCUUUCCGUUCUUUGGUCCCAUAAAUUCUACCGUCGGGGCUCUCCUCGUUAGCUUCACCGUUUACAUCAUCCCAUCUUUGGCUCAUAUGCUCACUUAUCGGACUUCUUCCGCUAGACAGAAUGCUGUAGAGAAGCCUCCAGCCUUCAUGGGAAGCUGGACUGCCAUGUAUGUCCUCAAUGCCUUCAUUGUGGUAUGGAUUCUGGUUAUUGGAUUUGGGUUUGGAGGAUGGGCCAGCAUGGCCAAUUUUAUCAAGCAAAUCGAUGAUUUCGGCCUCUUUGCCAAGUGCUACCAGUGCAAGUACCCGGCUUCACCGCCGGGGGCCACGGUAGCUCCACCACCUCAUCACCACUGAUCAUGGAUACAUACACUGGCUGACUCUGCAUACAUAGUAGACUGGUUCUUCCUCAGUUUGGCUCAACAUUUUGUAUCAUCAUCAGCUUGUUCAGUUGGUGUGAUGUUGUGUGGUGGGUUUGGCAUAUAUUUUUGGUCUUGUUUUUUAAUGGCUAUAGUGUGGUGAAAAAUGGAUGAUCCAUUGGGGCUAUGAUUUGAAUCCUUUGUGUGCUUUUUCUCAAGUUUCAACCAUAUAGUACGCAUUAACUUGUGUGAUA